AUGCAGCCCACAGCCACCAUGGCCACGACUGCUACCACCGCCACCACGGCCACCCUGACCACGGCGUGGGACAACACCACAGGCCGCCCCACGGCGGAGCCUGACCCCGUCUUGGACAACUACAUGCUGGUGGUGGUGGUGAUGUCGCUCUUUGUUGGGGGAACCCUCGUGGUGCUGUCUGGCGUGUUGCUGCUCUGCAGGCGCUGCUGGGAAGUCCACCAGGGCUUCAACAGAGCCACGGAGGAGGCAGAGAAGACCACCACCACCUACCUGGACACCAGCACCCACCCAGCCCAAGACCCCGAACUGAGGGGGGAGGACCCCGAGGGCCUGGACGCGGAGACCGAGCGCUUCCUGUCCACCAGCUCUACCGGCCGCCGCGUGUCCUUCAACGAGGCCGCUCUGUUCGAGCAGAGCCGGAAGGCGCAGGACAAGGGCCGGCGGUACACCCUGACGGAAGGGGACUUCCACCACCUGAAGAAUGCCCGCCUCACCCACCUGCACCUGCCGCCCCUCAAGAUCGUCACCAUCCACGAAUGCGACUCCAGCGAAGCCAGUGCAGCGGCCCUGCCUCCCCCCUCAGUGCCUCCCAAGGCCAGCCUCGCCAUAUUCCAGCCCCCGGGGAAGGCCCUCACUGGCCGCUCCGUGGGCCCCAGCUCCGCCUUGCCAGGUGACCCCUACAACCCUUCCACGGGCCCUGCUGACUUCGAGAUCAGCUCCUCCUCAUCCAGUGACUCCGGGGAAGGCACCUCGAUGGACGCGGCUGCCAGGAGCACCAAGCCUGGUGGGCUGGGGACCUCCGCAGGGCCCCGGGAGGCAGGCCCAGGCUCUGGGGCAGGCCCAGUCCUGCAGUUCUUCACCCGCCUGAGGCGCCAUGCCAGUUUGGAUGGGGCCAGCCCCUACUUCAAGGUCAAAAAAUGGAAGCUGGAGCCCAGCCAGCGGGCAUCAAGUCUGGACACGAGAGGCUCCCCCAAGCGGCACCACUUCCAGCGGCAGCGAGCAGCCAGCGAGAGCAUGGAGCAGGAGGAGGGGGACACCCCUCACAUGGACUUCAUCCAGUACAUUGCCAGCACAGGCGCUGCUAUGGCCUUCCCGCCCCCCUGCCCCUUUCUGGCCAGCCCCACCAGCCCGUCCCCCGCUCUCGGCAGGCUAGAGGUGGAGGAGGAGGCAGGCGCCGCAGGAGGAGUGAACCCCGAGCCCCCCUGGGAGCGCAGCAUAGGUGGUGCGGGGCCUGACCAGCAGCAGGAAUCGGACAGUGAGCGGGAUGCGGGGCUGGAGCACACUCAGACCAUCUACCGAGACAUCUGGAGUCUCCGCGCCUCACUCGAGCUGCAUGCGGCCACCGCCUCGGACCACAGCAGCAAUGACCGCGACUCCGUGCGCAGCGGCGACAGCUCCGGCUCGGGGGGCACGGCGCCCGCCUUCCCCCCGCCCUCCCCGCCCCCCACGCUACGGCCCUCGGACGGAGAGGUGGGGGGGCCGCGCAAGCUGCUGCAGAUGGACAGUGGCUACGCCAGCAUCGAGGGGCGCAGCACGGGGGACGAUGGGCCUCCCAGUGGGCCCGACAAGCACGCCUUUCCCAGUGUGGGCCACACAGCCACCGUGGGGGGCAGCUUCGAAGGGACACCGGCGGAGGAGUUCGCCUGGCCGCGCAGCCCGCGGGCCUGGCCCCGCCGCACGCCGCGCCGGGACUACAGCGUGGACGAGAAGACGGACGCGCUCUUCCACGAGUUCCUGCGCCACGACCCGCACUUCGACGACGCCCCGCCCAGCACCGCCCGCCACCGAGCUCGCGCGCACCCGCACACCCACAUACGCAAGCAGUGGCAGCAGCGGGGCCGGCAGCACAGCGACCCCGGCGAGCGCACCAUGCCCUCCGCAACACCUGGACCCGAGCCCCGCCCCGCACGUGCGCCUCUGCGCCGUGGGGACAGUGUCGACUGCCCGACCGACGGUCGUGCAGGUGAAGACCCAGCCGGCCCUCCGGCGCCCACCAUCCCUGCCAUCGAAGAGGAGCCCGGCAGCGGCGGGUGCCCAGGAUCAAGCCUGUGCCCCCAACCCUCAGGGGCACUGCUGGACAAGCUGGCAACUGGCCUCGAGGACAGACUCUUAUUGCCACACCUCACCCAGCCCAUUGACGCAGCCCCCACGCUGGCCACUGCUGCCGCAGCGCCCACGUCCCCAGACCACAGUCCGGCCUAA